GGUGGCUCCUGCUAACGACGUCCCCCUCGUCCCCACCAUGAGAGGGGAUCAAGCCCUCAGGUAGCAGCGGGGCCAGAGCCAAAGACCUGGGGAACUUGCUGCUAAGUUGCCCCAAGGCACCAGGGGACAGAGGGGCGAAGGUGGAGGAGCAGCAAGCAAGGCUGAUGCCGCUCGCAUCCAUCAAAUGACCACGGAAGAGCCGGCUCGGAGCCCCUGCAGGUGCUGCCACCCAAUGCAGUAGCAUCAACACAACCGCCCUCGGCAAGGCGGGAGGUCUAGCUCCAAAGAAGCUCCCUUGCCAGAGCCGUAUUGAUGAGCAGAUGCUAUAUUUGUUCUAUGAAUUAAUACUCAAAAAAAAAAUAACCCCAGUAAUUAUUUAAAGGAGACCACAGGUUAAAGCACUCGCCACGGCAACGCAUUUGCACCAGAUGAGAAGGUUGCGGAAAACCUGAUCCAGCCCCAUCUCACAGCCUCUCCAAUCUACUCCUAUCGAAUUUCAUCAGCAACUCAGAACUUGAUCUUUUCUAUUGAUUGACUGGAGUCACCUCUAGAUAUUUUCAUGCUGAUUUGGAAGACCUCUCAUCCAACAAAGAGAAGGAUGAGGUUAAGGCAGACUUUGGACCACUGAUCUGCAAUUCUAGCCCAAACUUUCCAAGCCAAGUGAUUUGCAAAGUUGGCUUCUGCCUCGGGAGCAGCUUUCCGUGCCCGAACACCAUGUGGAAAAUGGGGUCGUUCCUGCCGUCACCUGGAUCUCCUUAGGCGGGAUCACUUUAGAUGAGGAGUUUCCAUGCUGAUCCCGAGGGCACCCCCUAGCCCAGUAGCUGCCUUUCUCGGGACUCUCGGUGCUGUCCUCGCCCGGGGCCCCGGCUUGCGGUGCCAGCUGCCAUGUCCUACCUGGUGGCCCUCCUUUUGCACUGGCUGCCCCUGGCCAUGGGGCAAUAUGACAUUUGCAAGUCCUGGGUGACCACGGACGACGGCCCCUCGUGGGAGUUCUACGCCUGCCAGCCCAAGGCCAUGCGCAUGAAGGAUUACGUGACGGUCAGAGUGGAUCCGGCGGGAAUCACCUGCGGGGACCCGCCUGAGAGGUUCUGCACUCACGAGAACCCGUACCUGUGCAGCGACGAGUGCGACGCCUCCAACCCGGACCUGGCCCACCCGCCCAAGCUCAUGUUCGACACGGAGGACGAGGGGCUGGCCACGUACUGGCAGAGCGUGACGUGGCGCCGCUACCCGGAGCCGCUGCUGGCCAACAUCACGCUGUCCUGGAACAAGAGCAUCGAGCUCACGGACGACAUCGUGAUCACCUUUGAGUACGGCCGGCCCACCAUCAUGAUGCUGGAGAAGUCCCUGGAUAACGGGAGGACUUGGCACCCCUACCAGUACUAUGCGGACGACUGCAUGGAGGCGUUCAGCAUGCCAGCACGGAGGGUCAGGGACCUCUCUGCCACCAGUGCCAACAGGGUGCUCUGCACGGAGGAAUAUUCCCGCUGGGCGGGCUCCAAGAAGGAGAAGAACGUGCGGUUCGAGGUGCGGGACCGCUUUGCCAUCUUCGCUGGCCCUGACCUCAAGAACAUGGACAACUUGUACACCCGGCUGGAGAGUGCCAAGGGCCUCAAGGACUUCUUCACCGUCACGGACCUGAGGAUGCGGCUGCUGAGACCAGCCCUCGGUGGCACCUACGUGCAGCGGGAGAACCUGUACAAAUACUUCUACGCUGUCUCCAACAUCGAAGUCACCGGCAGGUGCAAGUGCAACCUCCACGCCAACCUGUGCACGUUCCGGGAGGGCAGCCUGCAGUGCGAGUGCGAGCACAACACCACGGGGCAGGACUGCGGCAAGUGCAAGAAGAGCUUCCGCUCGCGGUCCUGGCGCGCCGGCUCCUACCUGCCUCUGCCCAACGGCUCGCCCAACGCCUGCGCCGCUGCGGGCUCAGCCUUCGGCAACUGCGAGUGCUACGGCCACUCCAACCGCUGCAGCUACAUCGACUUCCUGAACGUGGUGACGUGCGUGAGCUGCAAGCACAACACGCGGGGCCAGCACUGCCAGCACUGCCGCCUGGGCUUCUACCGCAACAGCUCGGCCGAGCUGGACGACGAGAACGUCUGCAUAGAGUGUAACUGCAACCAGAUCGGCUCCGUGCACGACCGCUGCAACGAGACCGGCUACUGUGAAUGCAGGGAAGGCGCCACGGGGCCCAAGUGCGACGACUGUCUGCCCAACUACUACUGGAGACAAGGCUGCUUCCCCAACGUGUGCGACGACGAGCUCCUGCUCUGCCAGAACGGCGGCACCUGCUACCAGAACCAGCGGUGCCUCUGCGCCGCGGGCUUCAAGGGCGUCCUGUGCCAGCAGGCGCGCUGCGAGGCGGAGCGCGGCGCGUGCGACGCCGCGCCCGGCGCCCAUGCCGCCCUCGCCUCCCUCCCGCUGGCCGCCCUGGCGCUGCAGCUGCCCGCCUGGCUGCGUCCCUGA